AUGGCAAAAUAUUAUGAUGUUUUACCAGCAUUAGUUGAUUCAUAUAAUCAUUCUAUUCACAGCGCUCACGGAUUUGCACCUUUUAAAGUAACUGUAGACGAUGAACCAAAACUAUAUAAACGUUUGUACAGUUACAGUUCACUACCACAAUUCCGUUUUGCAGUAGGAGAUGUAGUUAGAAUAUCGAAAGCUCGCAAAGUUUUUCGCAAAGGCUAUUUGCCGAGGUGGACGGAAGAAGUUUUUCGCAUUUACAAAAGAUAUCCUACAAUCCCAGCUACUUAUGUUCUACAAGAUUUUGACUCUAAAGAAAUUGAAGGGCGGUUUUAUAACGAAGAAUUGCAGAAAAUAGACAAAUCAUCGAAAGAAUUUUGGGCAAUUGAAAAAGUAAUUCGAACAAGAGGUAGGGGAAAAAAUUGUCAGCUGUUUGUUAAAUGGGUUGGCUUUCCAAGCUCUCAAAACUCGUGGAUACAAGCUGAUCAGAUUGUGAAAGAUUUAUAA